AUGUCUUUAAUUAAAUUAAAAUGUGCGGCGGGCGGGGUGAAUGCCGAUAAGCUCUGCAAUCCGCCCGUCUUCAACCGGGGAGGUAUAGACUUUGUAAAUUCGCGCAAGGGGAAUCGCACGCAGAACAGACAGCUGCGUCAUCCUGCAGAAGCUUGCGAAGAAAGAAAGACAUCCUAUCCUUAUUACAUCGUGCGCAUUCCCCUCGAAUUAAUUACCCCGCCGUCGCCCGCCGCCGUCCCUGUCACUGCCACCGUCACCGUCGCCAUGCGCCCUCCGCUCCGCAUUGCCGUCCUCGAAACGGACACCCCGCUGGAAAACACAAAUAAAAAGUAUGGAGGAUACGGCGGCGUGUUCGAGGCGCUUCUCAAAACUAGCGCCGCGGCGUUGAGCCAGCCGGACAAGCUCGAUCCCGAAAGGGACCUCCAGAUUUCAAAGUGGGACGUUGUCAAUGGAGACCAGUAUCCGGAUUUGGAGGACAUAGAUGCCAUUCUGAUCACGGGGUCGAGGCACAACUCCUUCGAAGACAUACCGUGGAUAAACCGACUGGUCGAGUUUACGCAGAAGGUACAUGCGCACCACCGCGUGCGCAUUAUCGGAGUGUGCUUCGGACACCAGAUCGUGGGGAGAGCGCUUGGAGUCAAGGUUGGGAGGAACGAUGAGGGCUGGGAGAUAUCGGUGUGCGAUAUGGAAUUGACAGAGAAUGGCAAGGAGCUGUUUCAGAGGGACAAACUGUUAUCCACCAGGUGUCACGCCUCUCGCGUCCUCACCCCGCUGCGCCGUCCAGGGAAUGGACAUCCCGAGUUCACCGACGAGAUCGUGGAGGAGAUCCUUGACUCGCGCUACAAAAACGGCGUCUUCACAGAGGAUGAGUAUAAGGAGGCGAUGAGCAGGGUUAAGAAUCACCAUGACGGCGUUGCUGUUGGGGUGGCUUUUCUGAAGUUCUUGCUUGAUGAGUGA